AUGACCAACUUCGGUGACCUAGAUGCUAUGGAUGAUGAGGACUGGGAUAAGUGCUGGAACAUCAAUGUCAAAAGCAGCUUUUACUUAUUCAAGGCUGCCAAGCCCACAUUCGAUGCUAACCCCGAGGGUGGCGCAUUCAUCAUUACUGCCUCAACUGCUGGCGUGGCCCCAAGUGGUAGUAGUUUGCCUUAUGCCGUGACCAAGGCUGCGGUGCUACAUCUCAUGAAAUGUCUUGCGCAGUCUCAAGGCACUAAAGUUCGCGUCAAUGCCGUGUCACCUGGCCUGAUGCUUACUGAAUGGGGUCAGCAGUUCUCCCAGGAGAAGAUCGAUGCCAUGACAGACAAGAUGGUGCUGAAGAAGCUGCCCGAAGUCGAUGAUGCCGCCGAAGCGUUCAUCUCAAUCGCGAAGAAUUCUUCAAUGACGGGGCAAUCUGUUCAGAUUGGUAUGCAACUUUAUUCUUCUCCUGACGCUGAUCUUAGCGCUAACAUCUCAGAUUGCGGGUUUGCAAUCAAAUAA